CCCAUCGCCCGGCCGCUGGCGGAUGCCCGUGCGCUCGGAUCGGAAGGGCCCCUUUGUGUGGAUGGGAAGGAUGGAGCCGGAGGAGCAGUGGUGGAAGGGGCAGCUGGCCGGCGACAUCCACCAGGCGCUGAGAGUAAAGGAACUGAAGCUGCCUGUCUACAAGGCUCAUUCACCACAGAUUGGCUUGCGCCGCUAUUUUGCUGACCUCCUCGCCAUUCUGAGCAAUCGCUACCAGCUAUGCCCCACAGCACGUCACCUCGCUGUUUACUUACUAGAUCUCUUCAUGGACCACUACGAUGUUGCAGCAAAGCAACUUUAUGUCAUUGCCCUUUCUUGUCUCCUUCUAGCUAGCAAAUUUGAAGAGAAGGAAGAUCGGGUGCCGAAGUUGGAGCAGCUCAACAGCCUGGGCUUCAUGAAUAGUCUGCAUCUGGUGCUGAACAAACGAGAUUUGCUCCAGAUGGAGCUUCUGUUGCUUGAGACUUUCAACUGGAACCUCUGCAUGCCCACAGCUGCACACUUCAUCGACUACUACCUCUCAGGCUCGGUCCACGAGAGUGACCUCCACAAUGGUUGGCCGCUUACCUCCGUUGCCAAAACCAAAGCCUUCAUGGAAAAAUAUGCCCAUUACUUUUUAGAAGUGUCUCUUCAAGAUCACAACUUUCUGAGUUUUCGUCCAUCACUGGUAGCUGCGGCCUGCAUCACGGCAUCCCGUAUUUGUUUACACAUCAGUCCAUCCCUAACCACUCAUCUUCACCUGCUGACUGGGUAUACGUGGGAGCACUUAACUCCAUGUGUUGAGCUCAUGCUGAUUGCCCAUGACAAUGAUGUCAAAGAAGCCAACAAAACCAAAGGACAGCAGUCAGCAGCUGUGCAGCAGCAAACAGCAGUACAGCAGCAGCAUCUCCACCAAUCCUCACCCCAGCUCCUGUUUCAGCAGGCUCCGUACCAACAUCUAACCCAGAAUGCCUCAUCCCAGCUGGUACAGUUCCAUUCACCUUUGCAACCUCAGGCUUCAAUACAAGCCCAUAGGAGCCAUGUGCAGGGCCGCCGGGCUACCAUUAUCUCAGGAAGUUCUGGCAGCAACUAUACUCUACAGUCAUAUCCAAGUUUGCAGGCCAGUUUACAGCCCACGGUUAGAGCACUGCCUGUUCAGGGACCCAUUGCUAUGCAGGUUGCCAUAACCACAGAGCCCAGACACUGCAUCACUGUGGCUUAUGGUAGUAAUUUUUUAAGUGGACAUCACACAUAUACAACUGGCUGCUUUGACAGAUGACAGUAAUUGCCAACAAGUUAUCUUUCAGCAACCUUCCAAAUUGUUAAGUGCCAUCUACUUCUUGGCCUCAGAAGAAAUGCAAUUUGUCAAUGGAUUGAACUUCUUAUCUUGGAUAUGCAAGAGUGCAUUCACAGUGUAGCUUUUCUCUUUUAAAGUCCCUGUGAUGAAAGAAUGCUCACUAUUUUAGACUCUGUGAAUGCUCCCACUUUGGUAUUCUGGAGGAAUAUUUUUGAGACAAAGUAGUCCAAAGGGAUGUCAGGAAGCCAUAUAAAAUAUUUUGAUAGAUUUGAAGUAAAGAUCUUUUCUUUGUAAAGAGCGUUUUUAAGCUGCUGCCUUAACUCACAUAAAGGUCUGUUAUUACUGUGACAUUUUUAUAUUGUUUACAUGAAAGCUAUCGGGGGCAUGCUUUUUUUUUUACUUGAAGACAAUGCUGUUGCCUCCACUUGUUCUAAUUUAUCGCUGGCUGCCUGUGAUGUUCUGGUAUAUAACCCAGGGAGUAUAGAGACAUUUCCAAGUGCAAUAUGGUUUGUAUCUUAGCUGUAUCUACACUUUAUACUGUUUACAGCACUGUACCUUUUCAUUUUAAUUAACAGGCAAAUCAGUAACAUAGACAUACUGCUCAUAACAGUAGCAGUUGUAACCUUACCAGACAAUGAUUUAUUACUCUCUCAUUUAUGAAUUUUAACGUCAUUUGCAGGGAGGUGUGGGUGGAUGUGGAAUAUCUGAGAGCUGCUUUCAUUGGGAUAGCCUACUGAAAAUUCAGAGUUUAAGAUUAGAGCUAUUUAGGGGAUCGAUUAGUAAAAGAUUAAACGCUUGUUUUUUUUUCCAAUUCAUGACUGUUUGCUUAGUAAAGGGAUCAAGAGAAAGCUGCUGGUUUGUUGAAGGUGCAUCCAAUGAGCUGGCAUGACCAAACUAGGAAAGAGUUGCAUGUACAAAUGCAAGGGUGAACUCAGUAAUUCAAGUCUAAAAAUUCUACAGAAGGGUAAAAGUAUUAGAUAUCUCUCGCAGUCUUGUUGCCAAACAUAAAUGCAUGACAAUUACCUCAGUAACUGGUUUGCAUUUCCGUUCCAUUGCAUUGAAGAUGGCAAAUGACAGUGCUAGAGUAUAGCCACCUUUGCAAGCAAGUUACUUUUUUUGUAAUUUUUAUGUUGAUGUAAAAGAAUCCAGUGGCUUUAACUGCUAAUUUUAAAAAUGCAUGUUUCUGAAAACUUUGCUUGAUUGUCUUAAAUAGACAUUAUUGUAAGCUAACAAAUGAAAAUCAUUUAAGCAGUAAAGUUUUAAUCUCGUAUUAAUUAUAUGUAAAUUAGAACUCAGACCUAACAAACAGCUAGCCAUUUCCUUCAUAAACAUCUUUUGUUUUAGUAACUAUGCAGCAGUUUCAUUUUCAAUGCCCUUUUAUUUAAUUCUCAUGAGAACAGUAGUAUUUGUAUAUGUCUGGCAGUGUAGAAUUGUUUGAAUUUUUAAGUACUCCUAUUUAAGUCAGUAUUACUGAUUGAAGAUGCAAGCUAUUACUUAGUCUGUCCUGCACAAUUUUGUCCCAACCCUAUCACUGUUCAGGUUAGUCCUGGGAAAAAAAAAGGUAGAAAUUAGCCCACACUCCCAUUUCGGGUUACUUCAGGAUUGUACUUAUGUGGACAGAAUGAGUCUUGGCAGUGACCUCUGUGACUGAAUUUCUCACUAAUAGUCCACAUUCAUCCAUGAAGAAUUACUAAAAGGGUUCACAUUUCUGAGUAAGGACAAGGAGAGAACUUUAAAGCUAUAUGUUUUCCUAAUUUGUUUGAUGGUAACCCUAGUUAUGAUUCUGAAUAUGUACCUGAAUAUCUGUAGUUUUCUUCAUCACCGAAUAGAGAAACUUAUUUAAAACGUUCACCAUUUAUCUUUUAAUGCGGUGAAAAAUUUUAGAUUUCUUUAAUGAGUGAAUAGUGCAAUGAUCUAGCUUUAGUUUAAUAUUUACCGUAAGUCUUCUUUCUCUCUCUCCCCCUCCCCCCCCUCCCCCCCACCCUUUGUGUCACAUCAUGACCUGUUCCAAGAAACUGGUCAUUUCCAUUAAUGUUUUGCUGGUGAUUGUGUGGAAGGGAAUAUAAGCAAACACAUACCAAAUAAUUUAAUAACAUGAAGUUUAGUUGAGAGCCGCAGUGGUUUUUGGAAUUGCUUCAAUCUGCAUAAGUUCCACAUCAAGGUCACUCCAGCAUGGAAUACAAAUGCUACUGCUGCAAAUAGUAAAGCAACAGUAUGUUUGCCCAUGUCAGGUUAUUACACAAAAUUCAUUUGGAUCAGUCAUCAAAAGUGAGCGGUUGUUGAUUGAUUUGCCUUCAGCAUGGAGCUUUUCCAUGUGUUGGAGCAGCCAGAGGGAGCGCUCUGAUUUCUGUCCCUUUGCUUGGCUGACAGUACAAUUACAGACAGCUGGAAUUCAUUCAGUGUGCUGUUACGUCACUGCACUUGCCAUCAAAUGUGUGCUAAGUAAGCAGCUUGUACUUUUUAUUAGUAUAGGGAUAGUUUUAAUAUGUCCAGAAAUACAACUUUUGAUAAAUUAUUUAUUUUUUUAAAGAACUUGUUAAAUAUGACACCGGGAUGAGCUUCCAUGAAGAACUUAUUUGAAAACCUCUGAUCAAUUUCUGACCUCAGUCUGCCCAAAGUUUUUGGUUUGUGUGGUGUUUUUUUUUUACAUAAAAUAUUUUUAAACUAAACAAUCUCAAAACAAGUACAUUGAGGGAUGUCUACCCCAACAGAUUUCACAUGUAAUGGUGUUUAAAGUGCCUUCUGCAUUUAGAUAUUGAUACUUUUAACACUUCAUAAAUAUAAAUUGAUGUGAGGCAUAUCAUCAAGCACAUAAUAAACAUCUAUUUUAUUUAGCCUUACAAACUUUUGUUAAUUGGAAUUAGCAUCUUGUGUUGAGAUGUAAAUUAGUUUCACUGUAAGAUGUAUGAUGGGGAGUAUGAAUAAAGCCAUUUUGUAUGGCAUGCCAAUUAGGAAGUUGGGAGUCUUCCACCCAAGAUUUAUUAGAUUUGUUGACUUUAUGUCAAAUGCAGACUUUGUUUGAGACAUUGAGAUGACCAGGCACUGGAAUGAGGAUGUAUUAUGUAUAUGGUGUUAUGCACACAUCCUAUUCAAUAGACACUACAACCAGUAACUUGUUUACUGAGUAGAAGCAGGGUAAUACACGUUGUAUUAGAGAGGAUGGUAUAAUGUAAAAUGCAUUCCACUGAAUUCAUGAAGGGAAUGCUAAGCUUUGAAAAUCCUACAAUGCUAUUAACUAUAUUAAAAAAAAGUGAAAACUCCUGACCAAAAAUGUUGUUAUAGUUCCAUUCUGCUAUACAAAGCUCAUUUUAUUCCUGCUGUUUUAAAGGGAUUUCUUUCAUUUGGUGAUGUUUGCCAAAUAUCCAUGUAUUUUCAAGAGCAGUAAUGCAAGAGUCAGUUACCUGCUGAGUGAUACACUAAUAUUUGCUAGUAUUUAAAUAAAUCUUAGAUCUGGCUAACUGAAGUUUAAAGACAUGACGGAUGUGAAAUUCUGUGUACUUAAAAAAAUAUCAUAAAUAAA